ACUGAAUCGCUGCUUCUUGUAGUCAUGUCUUAUGAUCGUUAUGAAGCAAUUUGCAAUCCAUUGCAUUACCCAGUUAAAAUGACAAAGAGAGUAAACAUUCAACUGGCAGCAUGUGCCUGGGUAACUGCAUUGUUAAUACCAAUACCUGUCAUCUUCCAGACCUCUCAGUUAACAUUUGGUGAAACAACCACAGUUUACCAUUGCUUUUGUGAUCACUUGGCAGUUGUGCAAGCAGCAUGUUCAGAUUUCAGUGCCUCUUUUCAGACUUUCUUGGGGUUUUCCAUUGCCAUGACUGUUUCAGUCGUGCCACUUAUGCUUGUCAUCCUAUCAUAUGUUCACAUCAUUAUCUCCAUAUUAAAGAUCAACUCUAAAGUAGGUCGCAGUAAGGCAUUUUCUACUUGCACUUCCCAUUUGAUUGUGGUUGGCACUUACUAUUCAUCCAUUGCUGUGGCGUAUAUUUCCUACAGAACAGACGUGCCCAUUGAUAUCCAUGUAAUGACCAAUGUUAUUUUGGCUAUUUUAACUCCUUUGGUAAAUCCACUCAUUUAUACUUUGCGAAACAAGGAAGUAAAAUGUGCAGUAAAAAAGAUUCUGAAGAUCUUUCCUCCUUCUACAAAACUGUAA